AUGAAACGCUUCAAAACCACCAUGAAACGCUUUAAAAACACGAUGAAACGAAAGCAAUCUAGCCUUAAGGGGGCAACCGAAGACAUCUGCAAUGCUACACGCACAGACACCGCCCGCUCAUUCGAUGAUGUCAAGAACGUGGGCAUCAACGAAGUUGCCUAUCGCCUUGUCGGAACCCCCAUCCGUAUCAGCUGUAACGGAGGAUAUUUGGCUGCCGAGGAUGGCAAGAUCAAGACAGGAUAUUUCUUUGACGAUCCUUCUGAAUUUGUCAUGGAGUACGUCCUUGUCGAUGACACCAACGGUAAAAACAGUAAUUUGAGAGGAAGGAAGAAGGCGACAGGAUCCCAAAACUUGGUGGCAUUCCGACUGAAAGAUACCAAUCUAUAUCUUUCUCAAAAUCCGUACGGCAAAUUGGCUAAAGCCGAAGCAUUGAACAGUAUUGCUGCGCUUCCUAUUCCUCCAGAAAUAUCUCGAGAGAUUGUAGACUUUGCCGUGGGUCAAGAGAACAUUUCUUUCGAAGGCGAAGGCUUUGAUUAUCGAGCCAUGCAACUGGAACAAGGACCACCAGGACUGCUGCAACAAUUUACUCUCGAAGGAUUGAGAUUGAAUCAAGUAGGCGUCAAGUCUGUCUACGGAAAAUACUGGAGAGGGCCGCAUUUGUCGAAUACUGUAAUGCAGUCCUCCCAUCAACUAGACGAGGAAGACUUUUCCUUUUCUCGUGUUAGAGAUUGGCGUAAAAAAUGA